UUGAUCAACUUCCUGUUCACCAAGUUGUUGCUGCAGCCACUGAAAAGCUAGCAAGAAGCGUCUACUUCCGGUUUUCCGACUGCAGAAUUGAGCUUCUGUCGUUUUCCUCUUUUUUCUCCUCUAAAUUACUUUUAUUCUGUGUCUCGUGUCCGUGCCCGUCUCCAUGCGCGCUCCCGUCUGCGCGGCGCUGCUGCUGUGGUUGCUAAGCGAUGCGGCGUCUCGUCAGUUCUCUGAGGAAGACAUGGCAGCGGUCAGGCAACGCAUCAAAUCCAUGUUCUACCACGCCUACAACAGUUACCUGGACAACGCCUUCCCCUACGAUGAGCUCCGCCCACUCACCUGUGACGGGCACGACACCUGGGGCAGUUUUUCUCUGACUUUGAUCGACGCUCUGGACACUCUCCUGGUUUUGGGAAACCGGACAGAGUUCCAACGCGUGGCGUCGCUCCUCCAGGACACGGUAGACUUUGACAUCGAUGUCAACGCGUCUGUGUUCGAGACCAACAUCAGAGUCGUGGGCGGGCUGCUCUCGGCUCACCUGCUGUCGGGACGAGGAGGGAUGGAUCUGGAGCCGGGCUGGCCCUGUUCCGGACCGCUGCUGAGGAUGGCUGAAGAUGCUGCCAGGAAACUGCUCCCUGCGUUCCAGACGCCCACCGGGAUGCCGUACGGGACCAUAAACCUGCUGUACGGCGUCAGUCCAACCGAGACCCCCGUCACCUGCACCGCUGGUGUCGGAACAUUCAUCCUGGAGUUCGCCACGCUGAGUCGGCUAACUGGAGACCCGACGUUUGAGAACGCAGCUCGCCGAGCCAUGAGCGCCCUCUGGAGGACCAGAUCUGACAUCGGACUGGUGGGGAACCACGUCGACAUCGUGACCCAGAAGUGGGUCGCUCAGGACGCCGGUAUCGGAGCGGGGGUGGACUCUUACUUUGAGUAUCUGGUGAAGGGAGCCAUCAUGCUGCAGGACCAAGACCUUCUCAACAUGUUCCACGCGUAUGAUCGGGCCAUCCAGAACUACACCCGCUUUGACGACUGGUACCUGUGGGUGCAGAUGCACAAAGGAACCGUCACCAUGCCGGUCUUCCAGAGUCUGGAGGCCUUCUGGCCCGGUCUGCAGUCUCUGCUAGGGAACCUGGACGGCGCCGUGAGAACGUUCCAGAACUAUUACUCGGUGUGGAGACAGUUUGGAGGUCUGCCUGAGUUUUACAGCAUCCCUCAGGGUUACACCGUGGAUAAGAGGGAGGGGUACCCCCUCAGACCAGAGCUGAUCGAGAGCGCCAUGUACCUGUUCAGAGCCACAGGUGACCACACCUACCUGCAGCUGGGCCUCGACGCCCUCGAGUCCAUCGAGCGGAUCACUAGGACGCCCUGCGGAUACGCCAGCGUUAAAGACCUGAGAGAUCAUCAGCUAGACAACAGGAUGGAGUCCUUCUUCCUCGCUGAGACCAUCAAGUACCUCUACCUCCUCUUUGACCCCGCCCACUUCCUGCAUGGCGGGGGAAGAGAGGGCGACGGGUCCUGGGAGGAGGGUGGAGAGGGAGGGCAGUGUGUUUUAGGAGCGGGGGGGUUCAUCUUUAACACGGAGGCUCAUCCUUUAGACCCGGCGGCGCUGUACUGCUGCAGCCGCCACACGCAGGACCGCCAGGAGCUCCAGGACAUCCUGCUCAGCCUAUCACAGCCUGGGGAGAGAGCUGACAGCCAAUCACAACAGGCAGAGGGCCCGCCCCCAAACCGGUCAGAUAGCAUCGUUCUGAAACCGGGAGAGAAGAAGACGGCACCGCCGCUGUCGUGCCCCGUUCAGCCGUUCAGCGCUCGACUCGCCAUCCUGGGUCAGGUGUUCACCGACAACACCUGAGACAUCUGGAACGCCACUGAACUUUAUUUUGAGAUUCCUGGUGGGUGGCGCUCCAGAGCUUGCCCGUGUCCUGCUGUAAUUUAAGUCAAACUCUAUUUUUAUUUAUUAAAUGACGUUUUAUGUU